CAGCCGGCAUCCUUGGCCCAAAAUAUCCAGCUCUCACUGAGGAAUAAUACACGAUCGUUCAGAAGUGAUUCCGAGGAUUAAUCCGUGCCACAACGAAUAUUUUGACGUGAGAGUUUCUGUUUCUUGUUUUUGGAAAUAAGAAAAAAUAAACAAGUAGAAAAAUGGACGAGGAGGCCAUGUGGAAAGGGUUUUAUCACACGAUUGUGGAGGAAAAAGAAGCGAAAGAACGGGAGAAUAGGGAGAAAACUGACCAUGAACUCAGGAAGGUGGGGGAGGCAACAAUGGCACAUUUCAAUAAGUGUGAUACUAAACAUCCCUACUAUGCAAUUGCUGCAUUUCGUAUGAGCCAGAAAAGGGAAGACAGGCCGGUUACCGUAGGCAGUAUAUAUUGGAAAUUCGCUGCGCAUAAUUUUCUACAUAAAAGGAUUCAAGAGUCCGAUGGGGGAUUCUUCGAGAACCUGGGGACUCUCCUGGCGGAGAAGGCUCGGGCUCAGGAGGCGGUUGAAGGACCAUUACCUCAGAGGUGUGGACAGAGGGAUGACGACGAGGAUGAGGAUGGGACCAGUGAAGGCAACAUUGACGAACCGACAGAAGCAUUACUGGAGUCUGAUAGUGACAGAGACGAGAAUGAACGAGCACUUGAUAUUGUUGUCGGCUCCGUUGGAUGGAACAUUGAGGAACUCUAUGCAGCUCUGGUUUACAUGACUCAACAUCAGAUUGGGUAUGAUGUUUCCAAUGAGUGUGGAGUUGAUGCACUUCUUAAUCAUCUGCAGCAGGCGUUCAAAGUGGAUAAUGAGAUGCACGAGCAAGUGCUUGAGGAAACACGAAAUAUGGAGGCACCCGUGAUGCACCUGAAUGUCGAAGUGAUCGAAGCCAAGGAACUCAUCUCCAAGGAUUCCAAUGGCAAGAGUGACCCGUUCUGCGCACUCUAUCUCGAAUCAGCUCCUACCAGGAGGUACAACACAGCUGUGAAGACAGCAACGUUAGCACCAAUUUGGGAAGAACAUUUCGAACUACCUCUAGAAGAUGCUGAAAACGACACCCUUUGCCUAGAAGUCUGGGACUUCGACGCAGCAGAAACCGUCCCAGAGAAGAUGAGCAAAGUGAAAGACGUCAAAGGAGUCCGAGGUCUCGUCAAACUCGCGAAAGAGAUCGCAGUUACGGCCACAACUGGCAGCCACGACAACGAAUUCAUCGGCCGAAGUAGAAUCCCGUUACGAGACAUCCCAGUGACAGGCCACACGAUGUGGUACGCCCUCGAGAAGAAAAACAAAUCGAAGCGUCGAGGAGUCGUCAGACUCCGACUAGCCUUCAGUGCAGAACACAAUACUCAAGUAGCAGCUCAAGAGCACCGACACCUCAUCAGAAUCCUCCUUCUUCACGAACUCGAAACCGAAAAGUUGGAGAAGUAUUGCUGGUGUGGGAGGUGGUCAGCCCCGGCAGAAGCCCUUAUCCUCCAACAUUCAGCGCAGAGAGGACUCCUUGCAAGAAUCGUAGCCCUGGCCCAAUGGGUUGAAUACUCUAGAAUUCAUCAGCAACAUCCGUUAAACUUUGCAGUCUUCAAUAAACUCGCAGUUGAAUUAGUUAGACCCCUCGAAAACUCCCUCUUUUCAAGUGACGAAACCAGACUCUUCUGGGACGCCACCAAGAAGAUCAUCUACUCCUGCCUGAACAGCAUCAGAAAGAUUCGAAGACUGGCUCCUGGAGACAAAAACGUCAUGGCGCAAAUGGGGGCCAUUUUAGGGAUCCUCUCGUCGAUAUCUUCUCUGGAAAUCCCAAAAGACUUUGACUUGUUCCCUCCAAAGAUGUUUGGAUGGUUUCCAGAGCCGGAUGGAACCCCAGUAGAUGUCAUAAAGGGAUUAGAAUACACCGUGAUCCAAGGAGGGGCCGAAUGGUUCGAUCACAUCCUUAAUAACAAUGCGCCCGAAGCUGACACGGAUGACGACGCAUUGAAGUUCCACAUCAAAGUAAUCCAGUUAAUCAGAGCAGAUCUCCAGAGAGCGAUAGAAGUCUAUGACAGGAUGUUCAUCAAGAAAGUCAACUUCCCAUACGCAAGGACUUUGUACGUCUACUAUGAGAAGAGAAUCAGUGACAUGUGCACGAUCAUAAUCGAAGAUGUCUGUCUCAGGCUCAAGAGAAUCGAAUUAGAAAAGGAUGACGAUACAGACCUGACUCUUGGCACAACUCUUUUUGAACUCUACCUGACCCUCCAAAGAUACUCUGUGUUAGGGACAGUAUUUUGUCUGGACGGUCUCGAGCAUUUAAAAAUUCAGAGUUAUCACGAGUGGUUUAGAGCUGGCGUUGCCCACUGGUUGGAUAUAGCAGUGUACAAAGCAUUGAAGAGAAUCUCCCGAGCUGUUGAAUUUGAUACCCUUCAACCUGUCGACUCAAACGUACAGUACAGUUCAAGUGCAGUUGAUACGUUAACGAUAUUUUACCAGAUCAAAGUCUUCUGGACGCAACUAGCGUGGCCCGAUGUCGAGGGAUCAUACACAUUCAUCGCUAAAAUUAUUGAUGACAUUUGUAAAUGUUCGAUUUCUUAUGCGGAUAUGAUGGCAGCUAAGGCGGAGAAGGUAGACACACAGAUUCAAGAGUCUGAGAAUAAUAGUAGUGUUUAUGAUAAGAAGUUUGAGGUGUCUACUGCCUGGUGCUUUGCCAUUAAUAAUAUUGACUAUAUUAGAACCUCGAUUGCACCAUUGGCUAAUGAUCUGGGACUGCAGACGAUCAUCGAGACGCUGGGAGAGAACAAGACUCAGCAAGAGGCUGAUCGGUGUCGGCAAACUCUUCAGUUAAUCAUUGAUAAUGCUACUGAUACCGUUAAGAAUAAGAUCAUUGACCUGCUGGAGGUUGUGGCGAACAAAAUGCAGCCUGCAAUGAGCAGGUACCUCAUGGAAGGAGCCGAGUUGAUUGAUACUACCAGCAAUGCUAUGGAUCGCUUGCUUCAGUAUUUAGACUCCAACAUCACGACGCUGCAUGAUAAUCUUAAUGAAGACAAUUUUGAGAGGGUGUUGCUCGUCAUCUGGGAGAUCAUGUCUCAGACUCUGUUUCAGUUGGUCAACAGCAACUUGGAAAAGAGGAGACCACCCUCUUUCUACUCGAAUCUCCAUAGGACUCUUCAUACUUUAAUUAGGUUCUUCAAUUUGGGCGCCGAUGAGACUGCGAAUGUUCAGGUGCUUAAGAAGAUUGAACGGCUGUUGAAUCUGCACGGAUUGGAGACUGCUGAGCUGAUCCAUCGGUAUCAUCUGGAGAGAUUCAAGGAACAGAAUGAGAUGGAGGACGCUCUACACGGAAUGUUGACGGUUAAGGCACAUUUUGUGGAGAAUUCUCUGGUCGUGCAGAUUUUGAAUGCUAGGAAUCUCAAGGCUAUGGAUAGUAAUGGAGAUUUUAUAGGCAAGCUGUCAACUCUUGAGAGAAAACUGCAUUCGAAAAGUAAACAGACUAAACAAAGACUGAAAGAGGUGAAGCCAAGGAAAUGUGAUCCCUACGUUAAGAUUCGACUUCUCCCCGAGGAGAAAUUUUACGAUGUUAAGAUGCCAAAGACUCAUGUGCAAAAAGAAACGCUAUUCCCACUUUUUGAUGAGAUUUUCAACAUUCCCCUGACUCCUGAACAACGAAGCAUCGAAGAUGCUAUUGUGGUUUUCGAGGUCAAGGACAAGGACUUUCUGAGAACGAAAUUCAUGGCUGAAGCGUUCCUUCCGUUCAGUGAGAUCGAGGACACUGGGCAUGAGCGUGGACUGGAGUCACUUGACCAGACUCAUCUGAAGUUAUCGCGGCCUGUCGAUAAGACUACUGAUGUAAUUCGUGCCUUAGAACAUCGAAAAGGAGACAAUCAAGCGACGGAAUUCAUCUCAAAACUCAACGCAAAGUCAAACACGAGAUAAUUCAUACCUAAAAAGAAAUUAUUCUUCCGAAAACUUGUACUUCAGAAUUUAUUUUUAUUCCUAAAGUUUUAUCCAUCUGUUCUAAUCAAUGUGAAUUUUAUCGAUGGAGGUCAGACUUUCGUAUAACUGAUACGUAAAAUUGUAGGCUGUGCUGAUCAACGAUGUAUCCAAGAGUUUUAAUCAUUCAAUGAUGUUUUGAAACACAUCUGUUUAAUUUUUUAAUGGGAAAAUGAAAGUUAAUUGCGCAGCUUCCGAGCUUGAAUCAAAUUAGUCCUUUACUCGUUCAAUGGACAUUCUCAAACAAGAAAUACACUCAUCACCAUUGUUAUGCUAAUUACAUGCUCGAUUUGUAAAUAACUACUUUACUUUGUAAUAAAAAUAUUUAUAUAAUAAAAAAAAUUGAAUGAGGAAA